GUUGCUUUUGUCAAUUUGUUUUGAUGAAUAUCAUUUUAUUUGAACAUUGAUGUAAAUAAUUGUGUUUUAUAAAUAAACUAUUUCAACCUCAUUCAAUUAUUGACAACGGUGAUUAAUAUUAUUAUUGCAAUCAACAAUGUUUAGAAGAUCUAAGAUAAAGAUUACACCAAAGAUACCUCAAGCUAAACAAAGUGGAGAUCGUACACAAGUCGAGUCCUUGACUCCUGUUCAGACAACUUCAAAUCUCAAUGAAACAAACAUUUCUAAUAACAGUGAUCAAACCAAUCAACUGGAUAAAGUAGAAAACAAAUCAUCUACAGUAGAAUCAUUGGAACCGACAAGUAUUAUAGCGACACCAAAAUUGCCAAAGGAAAAUGCUGCUGCUCCUGUGGUCGAUUUGACAUCAUCUUCAUUAACAACAGAGUUGGUUGAAAGUCAACCUGAAGUCAAUAAUAACACAAUAAUCGAGAAAACUUCAAUUGUUGAGGAAAACAAUGAAAUUUCAACUGAUUUACCAACAGAAAAAGCUAAAGUCGAUGAAGUAUCCAAAAAGACACAAACUGUACCAAAAUUAACAACCUUGAUUGAACCUGUUGAUGAUCCACCUCAACCUUCAGAUAAACCAGUAACAAAAGAACUACCAAAAGAACCACCAAAAGAAUUACCCAAAGAGUCACCGACUAUUCCGAGUCCAAUUAUCAGAGAUAAACUUCAAACUGACACAGUUAGACCAAGAAAAAGGAUUAAAAUAUCACCAAAAGAUUUACUUGAUCGUAAUUCUCUAACUCUCUAUCAUCUUAUUCACGCUCCAAUAUCUCGUGGUAAACGUAUCGGUAAAAAUAAGGAUAAAGAUAAAGAUAAGGAUAAGGACAAGGAUAAGGAUAAAAAAUUGGAUGAAAUAUCUGAUGAGAAUGUAGAGAAAAGGUCAGAAUCUGGAGAUUCAGGUAAACAAGAAACAUCUGAUAAUAAAUCAAUAAAUGAUGAUACAAUGGAUAGUGUAAUUACAACAGUAUCAUCAGCAUCAACUAUAAUAACAAACAAUGAAGCUAACGGUGUUGAUAAAACACAAGAAAAAGAAUCAAUUGGUCCUCGAGUUAAAGUUGGUCCAGAUGGUGAAUUAAUAAUCGAUGAAGAAUCUUUGGUUAUCAAAAAACCUAAACCUGUAGAAAGAGAGACUAUUGAAGAACCUGCAUAUGGUAAAACAACUUAUUCGUCAUUCCGUAAACGUCCUCCAACUGUACGAUGGACUAAAACGGAAACAAUUGAAUUUUAUACUGCUCUUAAUCUUAUUGGACCUGAUUUUUCGUUAAUGUCAAACCUUUUUUUCAAUGGUAAACGAAGUCGAACUGAUUUAAAGAAUAAAUUUCGUCGUGAAAAUAAACUGAAUAAAACUGUAAUUGAUAAAGCUUUAUAUGAAGCUGAUGUGGAAUAUUGUUUGGCCCGAGAAGCUGUUCAAAGUGAUCAUUCCUAGUGACGAUAAAGAUAUCGAUAAAAAUAAAAUUAUUUUGCAUGGAUGGAACGUAUUAUAUUUGAUCUAAUCAUCGUUUGGAUUAAAUCCCCAGUAAUCAUGUUGAUCUUUAAACUCUGUAUUCAGAUACUAAUGCAAUUGUGCAUUAUGCAACUAUUAUAUCUUUCUACAAAAGUAUUAUUGUUUAUCAUCAUAUUAUCUUCGUAUAUCCAAGAAGCUUUUUCAUUUACCACAUUCAACUCGAAUGUUUAAAAGACUCUUUUUUCAAUCAUUUUUUAUACAAAAUCCUUACUUUGUAUCCAACCAAAAAAAGACUGUUAAUCUUUUUAAAUUUUUUUCGAAUCGAUUCGAAUCUUAAAUGGCCUUUUCAUUUUAAUUUUCAAUCUAGUCACUUGAUUGUUAACUUGAUAUCAACAAAUUAUUUGUAUUUGAUCAAAUAAACACCUUCUGAUGAUCUGAAAUCUGACAAC